AUGGCAGAUACAACUACAAUUCAACAAGCUUAUCGUCGAUUAACACUUCUUUAUCAUCCUGAUAAACAUCAAGAUUUACGUACUAAACAAUUAGCUAUGAAUUUAUUUAUUCAAAUUAAAAAUGCUUAUGAUAUUUUGAAUAAUCCAGAAAAACGUGCUAUAUAUGAUAUUAUUGGAAUGAAAGGUUUAAAAACUGAAGGAUGGGAAAUAAUAACUCGAACAAAAACAUCUCGUGAAAUUCUUGAUGAAUAUGAACGUCUUAUAAAAGAACGUGAAGAAAAACGUUUUAAUCAAAUAACAAAUCCAAAUUCAUCUGUAUAUGCAACAAUAAAUUUAACGGAUAUAUUUAUAAAUGAUGGUUUACCAAAAAUUGAAAUAACAGAUUUUAAUGUUGAACAAAAUAUUGAUAUUUUAUUAACAAAUCAAGAUACAACAACAAUAAAUGCUAAUGUAACAAUACGUAACGGACGUGGUAUAGGAACAUUAACAACAUCAUUUCGACGUAUUCUUUCAGAUUUAUCUUGGUUUCGUAUUGAUUUAAUAUUUGGUCAACGUCCUUAUAUUGGACUUUAUUAUUUUCGUCGUAUAACACAAAAACUUCAUGCAAAUGUUCAUACAACAUUUAGUUUAAUUAAAAAUCGUAAAACUAUAAUUAUAUCGGGUUUUAUUUUUUCAUUAAAUUAUCAAUUAGCACAUAAUUUAACAAGUAGUUUACAAUGGAAAACAGGUCGAAAUUCAUUUAUGAAAGGUAUAUUACAAUAUGAUAAACAAAAAUGGAUGAUUUCAAGUGCAAUUCAACUUGGAUUUGUUAAUACAUUUGCAGCAAUUGAUGGUGUUUAUAAAUUUCCUGAUAUAUGUAAUCUACGAUGUAGUCUUAAGUAAGAUUUAUUUUCUAACAAUAAAUAAAUAAAUAUAGCAAGAUGUAAAAGUUUUUUGAAUUCAUUAUUAAUUUUCAUUCAAGGUCAAAGUAGGACUUAUUUUAAUUCGUUUGAGAUAAAAUUUUCAGAAACAAAUGAUCGUAGUGAAAAAUAUUUUUAAUUACAAAGGACGGGUCCGUAUAAGGGCCUAUUUUGGCC